UUUCGCUUCAUUGCACGUAACCUUUGGCCAACCGAAUAUAAAACAGCGCACUGAUUUGAAAAACUGAACCAUAAACUACAUCGUAAAAUGGCCCUGAAGGGUUUAAAAGUGCUGGAAUUUGCCGGUUUGGCACCUGGACCUUUCUGCGGAAUGGUGCUAGCUGACUUUGGUGCUACCGUCACUAGGAUUGAUAAGACUCCAACGAACGCUUUAGAUGUCCUCCAAAGUGGCAAAAGAACCAUAUCGCUAAACCUGAAGAAACAAAAGGCAAUCGAAAUAGUUCGCUCUUUGUGCCGGAAGAGUGAUGUACUGAUCGAACCUUUUCGUCCUGGAGUAAUGGAAAAACUUGGACUCGGGCCGAUUGAAUUGAUGCAGGAUAAUCCAAGGCUAAUCUAUGCGCGGUUAACCGGUUUUGGACAAAACGGUCAAUUAGCACCUCGUGCUGGUCACGAUAUCAACUACGUCGCAAUGUCAGGUGUGCUUUCCAUGCUUGGGAGGAAAACGGAGCGACCUACAGCACCGAUUAAUUUAGUAGCCGAUUUUGCUGGAGGCGGACUACUUUGUGCCUUUGGAAUUCUAGCGGCUCUGUUGGAAAGACAUCACUCUGGAACGGGACAAAUCGUAGACCAUUCUAUGGUUGAAGGUGCAGCCUAUGUAUCCAGUUGGCUGUUCCGUUCUCAAAGUCUUCCUAUUUGGGGCAAACCACGCGGAGAGAAUGUCUUGGAUACUGGAGUUCACUUUUACGAUACUUACGAAACAAAGGAUGGAAAAUAUAUCUCGGUUGGGGCCAUAGAGCCACAGUUCUACAAAGAGCUCUUAGACGGUCUUGAUUUACCGGAGGAUUUGCCACAAUUUGAGGAUGUGGAAAAGGCUCAACACUUGCUGGAGGCAGUUUUCCGUACGAAAACUAGAAAUGAAUGGACCGAAAUUUUUCAACAUAGAGAUGCUUGUGUUUUUCCGGUGCUUGAAAUGAACGAAGCAGAAGAACAUCCCCAUAACCGUGAACGACACGUUUUUCUGAAAAGAGAAACAACCAAAUGCAUGGAAUUAGUUCCAGCCCCUGCUCCCAAGCUGAGUAGAACGCCGGCGAAAUCAGGUGCAGUCUCCGAGCAAAAGAAUGAAAUUCAAAUGAUCCGGGAAAUUUUGGAAGAAAUAGGAUUGCGGUUCAAGGAUAUUGAGCAACUAUAUCAUGAUGGGGUAUUAUUAAUGACAGCAAAACCUAAGCUGUGACCGUAAUGACGACAAGGCGUCGAAACGAAACAAUUGCUGUCCUAACACAUAUUACUUAAUUAGUCUGCAUCUCAAUGCAGACCAAAUAACUAAUAGGUAGGCUUCGCUUCGUGAAUAUCCAUUACAACUCCAAAAUGUGACUAAACAACUCCAAAAUGUGACCAAGGAACUAUGGUCACACAAUGAUGUAAUAACUUGUUAUAUGUGAGGAUAAAGAUCAAUGCACUUUGGGGUCCUGUGCGAAAUUGAGAACCAACUAUGAUAGCCACGGCGGUGUUACUGGAUUUCAUCGAGUAUUCAACAGAGCUGCAACCUCAUUUGACUUCCACUUGAAGAGAAACCCGAUUAAUGCUAAGAUUACAUAUCAUGAUUUGAUAUGUAUUCUUCAAUUGAAGCCAAGCUUUUGUCUAUCCUAAAAUGUAAUUAGUCUAAGUAAACAUAAUUGAGGCCGAGGAAUCUGUUGGUGUAGGUAGAACAAAUGUUUUUUUUUUAAAUCAACGCUAACGAGCACCUCGUCAUGAAUGCGCUGCGUUGCAUUGAAGAUUUAGUACUUGCCUCUGGGCGGGAUUGUAAAUGUGAUAUUUUAUGAUGUUUUGUAAUCGAGGGUAUGGAUAUAAUAUUUUGCUUUAGAAAAACGCUGACUAUAGUCGACAUGGUAAACUUCACAUCCACAAAGUUUUUGCAAAGCUUCGGUACACUAUAUGUGAUAUAUCGAUUCAAAAUUAAAUGAACGUGCAGAGUUAACAUUUUUUUUCUGGUUUUGUUGACAAUAAAUAGAAAAGCUGUGUCAUAAAUAAGUUUGUUUACAUUUAUGACG